CUGUUAUUAUUAUUUUUUUUUUAGAGGAAGCAGCCUGUGGUGAUAAUACAGGGACAUGACUGGGGGGUGAGGGGAUCUGGGAGCAUCACAGUGACAUCACAUAUCUAUAGUAAUACAAGGACAUGACUGGGGAGGUGAGGGGAUCUGGGAGCGUCACUGUGGCAUCACUUAUAUCUAUAGUAAUAAUACAGGGACAUGACUGGGGAGGUGAGGAUCUGGGAGAGUCACAGUGACAUCACUUAUAUCUAUAGUAAUAAUACAGGAACAUGACUGGGGAGAUGAGGGAUCUGGGAGUGUCACAGUGACAUCACUAAUAUCUAUAGUAAUAAUACAGGGACAUGAUUGGGGAGGUGAGGGGGACCUGGGAGUGUCACAGUGACAAGAGAAAGAAAGUAGACUUCUUUGUGGGUGCACUCUUGUGAAGAAAUAAUGAGAUAUUCUCAAAGAAUAAAACUUCAACUUUUAUUACAAAUCAUUAAGAAAUUAUUCAAUCUCCUGAGAACAACUAAUGUCUCCUGCCGCCUUUCCCCUGCCUGUCUCCUGCCGCCUUUCCCCUGCCUGUCUCCUGCCGCCUUUCCCUUGCCUGUCUCUUGCCGCCUUUCCCUUGCCUGUCUCUAGCCGCCUUUCCCUUGCCUGUCUCCUGCUGCCCUUCCCCUGCCUGUCUCUUGCCGCCUUUCCCUUGCCUGUCUCUUGCCGCCUUUCCCUUGCCUGUCUCUUGCCGCCUUUGCCUUGCCUGUCUCUUGCCGCCUUUCCCUUGCCUGUCUCUUGCCGCCUUUCCCUUGCCUGUCUCUUGCCGCCUUUGCCUUGCCUGUCUCCUGCCGCCUUUCCCUUGCCUGUCUCCUGCCGCCUUUCCACUGCCUGUCUCCUGCCACCUUUCCCCUGCCUAUCUCCUGCUACCCCCUUGCCUGUCUCCUGCCACCUUUGCUACAUCAUCAGCUGGAUGUGUAAAACCUGAGGUCACGGAGACUGUACACCGCAGCUCCAUGAAUGAGUCCAUGAAAUUUCCCUCAGGAGACCCUGUCCCUUCACAACCAAUUCUCACCCUUACACCACUUCAUGGCUGCAGCCAUACUCGUCUGACAGCUCAGGACACAUAAAGCACAUGCUCCGUAUGGGUCCUGCACAUGAGCGGUGCACAUCAGCUCAUUGUGACUCCACCCACAAUAGCGCUACACUCUAGAUCAGGCCCACUAGGCAGUACAGCCUUAUGGGGCUGGAUCACAGGAACCUCUGAGACACUGACCAGGACUCUAUGGCUGUGGGGAUAUAGGAGACUUAAUGGCCGCUCUAUUCCAUAUUUACUAUGUUCCAUGUGCAAUAUGUUUUAUGUAAUAUAUUUAUUCCAGGAACUCCAGCUGUGGGGAACGGAGUCUUUACUACACAUCACAUGUUCUGUAUUCUCUCUGAUUCACUGAGGAUGGAUAAGGACAGGAGUCACAGGACUGAGAGGAUAAUAAAUAUCACCCUGGAAAUCAUCUACCUGCUGACUGGGGAGGAUUACGCAAUAGUGAAGAAGACAUCCAAUGAGUUUGAGACACCCAGCAGCCAUCCCCGUGUAUCAGGAGGACUGAGUGGAAUCCAGAGCCCAAUCACGGUGCCUCCACCUCACUCACUGACACAUGAGAGACACAAUGACAAGAAGAUCCUGGAACUCACCAACAAGAUCAUUCAGUUGCUGACUGGAGAGGAGGGGGAGUACAUAGAGGAACACAGGGGUCUGUACAAGGACGUGAUGAUGGAGAAUCACCGGCCCCUCACAUCACUGGAUGGACCCAGUAACAGAGAUACCCCAGAGAGAUGUCCUCGUCCCCUGUAUUACCAGGAUUGUACAGAGGAGAAUCACAGGAUCCCACAGGAGGAUCAGGGUGAAGCCCAAUUAAAUAAUAUUAAAGUCAUAGAUACAGAGGGAGAAGAAGAGAUCUAUGUGACUGAUAUAAAGACAGAAGAUAUAGAGGGACAAGAAGAGAUCUAUGUGACUGAUAUAAAGGCAGAAGAUAUAGAGGGAGAAGAAGAGACGUAUGUGACUGAUAUAAAGGCAGAAGAUAUAGAGAGAGAAGAAGAGACGUAUGUGACUGAUAUGAAGGCAGAAGAUAUAGAGGGAGAAGAAGAGACGUAUGUGACUGAUAUAAAGGCAGAAGAUAUAGAAGGAGAAGAAGAGACGUAUGUGAGGGGUGAUCAGCAGUGUAAGAAGGAGGAGAAUCCUACAGAUAUCAGCACAG